UUGUACUUUCACCUCAUGCCGUGCAGCGUCCAGUCUAAGAGGCAAACAUUGUUGCCUGAGUUGAGCGAAAAGUGGAGCUGCAGAAGGAAGAGGCUAUACUGUCUGCUCCGUGUGGGGAGAAUGCUGGUUAGAUCCACUGCCAACAAGGGGAACAUUUCACAGAGACAUUCUGAAUGCUCCUGAAUGUCCAAGCUGGAAAAGUAUGACUUACAAACAUGUGACAGAAGACUCUGCAUGCAUCCCAUUAAGGGGGUUGCAUUGAAGACAAAAGGAAGGACAUGAGAUAAGGGGUGCUUCCCUAUUAAUACUUCUCUCUGGAAUUGCCACCCUGGGUUCCCUUUUAGAAAUAUCCACAUAAACAGUGGAUAUUUUUUCCCAUUGCGUUCCAGAGAUUUUUGAAUAGUCUUUCCAUGUUUUUUCCCCCAGAUCGAACUGCACUGGUCAUUUGCCCCACUCACUGCAACAAAUGGGUUGCUGACACGCGACAUGCGAUGCGUUACUAUGACUGCUAACAGAAAGGAGGCCUCCCCUUGCAGAACCACGUGGCAGUUUGUCUCCCUCACUUCUGCAUUUCACUUCAGGCAGGCGAGGAGUGGCUCUAUGGCCUAGAAAUAGGAGUUCUUUCUCCGUUAUCUGACUGUUUCUGCCUCAAUGUGUCAUUUUCCAGCCUCUUGUUUCCAAAAUGCAUAUUUACAGAGCUAAACAGACUGUUUCUUUAAAUUUGGCAAAGAACUGCACCUGCAUAGCUGUGCAAAUGUGCACGAUUGCUGUAAUAUCUGUGACGGUAGUUUGGUGUGACAGUUUAAAUCAGUCUUUGAAGGAAAGAAGUGUGGAAUACCUGUUCAAAUCUUCCCAUAUAUCCCUUCUCUCCACUGGCUCCUCUGAAAAAUUACUAGGAAGCUGACAUUUACAUGUCCACUUGGAAGUAAGUCCCGUUGGGAAGCGGAAAGAAGAAUGCUUGAGACAUGGCAAUUAGGGAAUCAUGGCAGAGGGGGCACUAGCUUUCCUGUUGGUUUGGUGGAGAGGUUGGAGAAUGCUUUUUGCUGAAUGUGGGGAAGAGAACAAACAGUGGAUUUCUAGAAAAGGGAAUGGAUUAAAAGCCAGUAUAGCUCCUGCUCCUUCCAUGCUACAGUAAAGGAAAGCAAGGUAUAGAAAGAGAGAAAGAAGAGGAGGAAGAAAGGAUGCUGGAAAGGGAAUCUGAUGCAUUUGUGUGUGAGUACGUGUGUGAGUCCAAGGAUCUUUGACCAUGUCAAUCUGUUAGAUCACCAUAAGAGACCAGAGUGAAACUACUGACAAAACAACUCCACGCAGCUAAACCUUUGCACAAAUGCACAGGUGUUUACCUGAGAAAAGGGUUUUCCCAGAAAUGGCCCAUAGGAUCUUGGAAAUGGUUCCUGCUUCCCUUGUCAUUCUAACAUUAGGCAUCAGUGUAUGCCACAGAAUGUGCUGCUCGGUAUUCAUACAGCCCACAUCAUAGCACUUGCAUUGAAAUAAAUACUGACGCAGCAGUGUCCCUGAAAACAAAGCAGGCUGCAGUGUAGUCUGCUUUGAUCUGUUGCAAUAAAAUGUAAUUUCAGCACCGGCCUGUUUAGUGUGGGAAGGCAAACAUUAUUAAAGCCUUUAAGGGUCCAUGUGCCUUUAAAUGGAAUAUUUCCCUUUUCCAAGUUAUGCCCCUUUUAUUUCUUUUUGAUCUGGGCUGAUAAUCAGUGAUCGGGGCUGAUGAUAAGCUUCUCUUGCCCCUUGGAUUUCCACAAUGGACAUUCCUCUUCCUGCAUGGGUGGGGAGGCAUUUCCUCUCAUUUUCAUUUUUAAUGGUGAAACUGCAUUGAAAAACACAAAAGAGCCAAUAAUUAAAGGAAAGAAACAAAAAAAAUCCGAUAAUAAAAGGAAAUCAGUAAUCAAAGCCUUGCCACUCCCAGAGAAAAGAAAUGGACACGGGGGCAACUCAGAGAGGUUUUUCCAGCACAAUUUAUCACUGAUCUUCCAAGCCCAGAUCGGUGGGAAGCAAUACAGCAGGCUGCAGCUGCAAACAGGGAGUUUUCAGUCGGCAUCAGGAAGAACCUUUGCUGGAUGGAAUUCACUUGCGAGUGGUGAUUAUAGAAGGAACCUGGACAUAGCAAAUGGCAUUGCUGGAUGCAAUUCCGGGUAUAUUGUGAGUUUUUCAAUGGAGCCCUUGUCUGGGUGGGCACUAUCUUUACGAGGUUUUGUUACCUGCAGUUUAGUAGCCCACAGUCUGCAUCAGUCCCUUCUUUUGGCCACUGUAGGUUUUUGCAGCCACAUGAAGAGAUUGAUCCACAACAGACUGUGUUUUGGUAUAUGUCCUGGUCCAUCCCUCUGCCAUUUGUUCUGUACUGCAGUACCCUUCCUACCUCUUGGACAUGUGCAUUAGGUACAAAUGUGAAUCUUAUGACAGCAGAUUGUGUCUCUCCUCUCCAUGAAGCCUGCCUAGGGGGACAUUCAGCUUGUGCCAGUGUUUUACUAAAACAUGGGGCCCAUGUAAACACAACCACUAUUGACUGGAAUACGCCUUUGUUCAAUGCUUGUGUCAGUGGCAGCAUAGACUGCCUGAACCUCUUGCUGCAACAUGGAGCUAGUCCUCAUGCAGCCUCUGACUUGGCAUCACCUAUCCAUGAAGCUGCUAAGAGAGGUCAUACCAAGUGUGUGGAAUCCCUCAUAUCCCAUGGAGUCAAUAUAGAUCACAACAUAAAGCAUCUUGGUACUCCACUCUAUGUUGCAUGUGAGAACCAACAGGUGGACUGUGCCAAAAUAUUACUUGAGUCAGGUGCAAGUGCAAAUAGUGGGAAAAGUCUGGAUUCCCCUCUCCACGUGGCUGCUCAAACCUCCAAUGCUGACAUGGUGCAAUUGCUUAUUGACUUUGGAGCAAACACUCGGGCCUUGAAUGCUGAGGGCAAAAAACCAACAGAGCUGGCUCCACCAAACAGCAGACUACAGCAAAUAUUUCUGCAGAGAGAAGGGCCUCUCUCCUUGAUGCAGUUAUGCCGUCUGAAUAUACGGAGGUACAUGGGAUUCAAACAGCAACAGAGGAUAAGUGAACUUCUGUUACCAGAUGAGCUGAAACGGUUUCUUCUGUACCUUUAAAUAUUUUGUACUUUCUGUUGGAUUAUUAAAGUGUUCUUAUGUGUAUUUAUAUAGUUUUCAAUACAAACCUCAGAACAGCUCUUUCCAUGAGUCCAGUCUCCUAGAAUUAUACAUCUCUGUGUUUUUUUCUUUAUAAACUUCUCAACAGAAUCACCAUGGGUGAGAAUAUGAGGUCUCCAAAGUAAUUUAGUACUGGGGAGAUACUGUCAUUCCUUGGCCAAAAUGUGACCAAAAUGCUCUGCUUGAUCAUGAGACAAAGAAUUAACAUUUCUACAAUGAGGGAGCUGCUGAAAAGGAAAUGGAAAAGUAAAGCCAAGAGGGGCAAAUCUGUCCAAAAGCCUUGAGGGUUACUAUUAAAUCACAAUAAUAGAAAAGCUCAGCUAUUUUUCUUUUUUAUGCAAUUUCUGCAGAAAAAAAUAUUUAAUUCAACUGCUGUGCAAUUUGUGCAAUUUCAGGGAUUUGAAGCCUUCACUGGGACAAUGCCUGGUGGGAGUCUGCUGCCAAAGGCAGUGGGUGCCAGCCCUGGAUAUUGUCCAGAAGGGACUCCAAGUACAGUCUCCCAUCUUGGUUUUUCUUGACAGCUGUUGGAAGGCAAACUGCAAAGAAAAAAAACAAAGGCAUAAAGAAUCUUUGGGGUGAUAUGCACCCUCCUAGCAGCAACUUCAUGUUUGUCCCUCCACUUUAGUUCCUUCUGCGUAUAUGUUUAACACUAUGUCCUGACUAAAGGCACAAGAAAGUGCAAAAGUCCAUUCUCCCCACUGAUUCUAGAGGAAAAGUAGUUAGCUGUCAAAAUCCGGCUCUCUUUAAAAACGGGAUUUUUUAGUGAGAGAUGGAUGUUUUUGACUGAGAUAUCUUUGUGUACAUCUCUGGGAAAAUAUUUUGGAGAUUUUUUGGGCAAUGUCCAGGGUUGAUACCUGCUGCCCCUUGGCAGCAGGCAACCCCUAUGCAUUCUCCCAAACAAGGCUUCAAAUUCCUACCCUUGCACAGCUGCAGUCAUGCAAAUACAGUUAAAAUGAUAGUUUUUCUAUACACUUUUUAUGCAUUUUUGGGUAAAAUUACAGGAAACAGCACCAAAAGGAUAUCUCAAGGAAUGGGCAUAGAAAUAAAAAAUGUGGUUCAGUAAGCAAGUGCAAAAUAAUUCACCCUGCAGCAAAAAAUCUCAAUUUCACUUAUUGGAUUAAUUAGGAAAGAGAUCUUGGAAUUAUGGUGGAUAGCUCCAUGAGAAUGUCAUCCUAGUCUGCAGCUUCUGUGAAAAAAGUCGAGAUGCAUGUUAGAGAUCGUUAGGAUAAAGUGAGAAGAUCAUAAAGGCCUUAUUCAAAUCCCUGGCAUGAACACACUUGGAAUACUUUGUAUAAUUCUGGUUUUCAUACCUCAAAAAGAUGUUUUAGAUAAAUAUUUUUCAAAAUCCUUCAGGAAAUGACAGUAAAAAUGAUUAAGAGGCCAGCUCUCUUGUGAAGAAAGACUGCAUAGUUUUAUUUAGCUUACAAAAGAGAGUAAGGAGAGGGCAUGAUAAAGGUGCACAAAGGAAUAGUUCUAACAAUACUAUGAUCUGCAAUGAUCCAGUGGAGCUAAAAAUGG